CCUGUGCAUGCACAGUACUUCCUCGCGACAUACAUAGCGUCCCUUGCCUUGUUACCCUCAUGCUAAUUGCGGUAGUCAACAACACGUACAUUAGAAACAACAAAUUUACUAUGCUGCCGUUUGCUGCGCUGCUUGCCCUUCCCAACUAGUGCACCUUUUGAACUCAAACUGACUUAUUAAUAAUUUUGCAACGACACGUGAAAGCUUGCGUUUGUGCAGAAAAGCAACUGCCUUUAGCUCCGCUUUUGGACUGUAACAUGCUGCCUAAUAGACUUCUUAGGUUGAAGCAGAUGAAUCUUAUGCCCAUAUAAGCACACGGGCUGGUCUUUGCGUUUGUAUUCCCGGACGAGGAAAUGGGGCCGGGCCGCAGCCUCCUGGGGCUGCCGGCUGGUUUCAACUGGUUUCUUAUCUUAGUUACAGUCAUUAUAACAUUUGUGGUGCUCGCCGGAUGCAUUUAUCUACUAGUGGAGUACCAGCAUCCUGAGGACCGGAACCAAGCAUGGAUCCCCAAAAUUAUUGUCGUCUUCUCCAUGUCCCUGGCUAUCUGGACGGUACUGAUGUUUCCACUGGAUGUGGCGAACACACAAGCGUGUUCCGCCAGCAUAUCGCCCAGUGCGUGUAAAUACACGUUGCCGAUGACACAGCUCUGGUACGCUGUCUUCAUCGCCAACCUCGUCCUCGUCUUUGUCAUCCUCCCCUUCACUCUGUUCAUGUAUGAAGCAGACAGCGACUACACCUGCUGCCAGAAGGUGAAGGGGGCGCUCUUGUGGACGGCGGGCUUCCUCAUCUUCAUCCUCCUUAUCAUAGUGAUCAUGUAUCUGUUGAUAGGCUACGUGGUGUACCCCACGCAGCAGCUCACCUCGGGGGUGCGCAGCAUGAACAUCCUCACCAACCUGACACAGGUCAACACCACCUGCAUCAAGCCGCUCACCUCCAGCACCAACAAUGCCACCGCCGUGGCGGAUUUUCAGUGCAGCGCCUUCUCCAGUACCUUCAAGGCCGGCAGCUGGAAGCUGCGCGUGUCACUCCCCGUCUACAUCAUGGCCAUCCAGUCGGUGCUAGGCUGGCUGCUGUUCCUGGUGUUUGCGGGCGUGGGGCUGUUUGCCACGCCCAUCGACUGGCUGCAGCAGUUCCUGGGCAGGCCGCGAGCGGUUAUCACAAAGUCGGAGUACAUGCGGAGAGCGCAGAUCAUUGCGCAGCGCGCCAAGCAGAUUGCGAACAUGCUAAACAUGCUGCGGCGGGGCGACCGCGACCGGCGGUGGCGCAGCAACUUCCAAAAGCUUCAGCGUGAGGUGGCGCUGCUGGAGGACGACGAGUACCAGCUGGAGAGGGUGUUUCCGCAGGGCGAGGACGGCGAGGUCCGCUGGGUGCUCUUCAUGCUCGGCUUCUACGUCCUAGGUUUCAUGUCCUUCGCGGGCUUCUGCCUCUCCAUCGCCUGGGUGGCCCACAUCAUCGCCUACAUGCUGCCCCCCACGCCGCUGCACCCGCUGCUCAACGACAUGUUUACGGCACUGGACAGCGUGUUUCCGCUGUUUGGCGUUGCGGCCUUUGCGGCGUUCUGCCUGUACCUCAUGAGUGUGGCCAUGAAGGGCAACUUCCUGAUGGGUCUGAACUUCCUGAUCAUCAAGCUCUACCCCAUGCGCCCCGGUGCGACCAUGAUGUCGUCCUUCCUGGUUAACACGGCGCUCAUUCUGGUGAUGUCACCCGCCAUCGUGCAGUUCUGCGCGCAGGCCUUCGCCGUUUACGCCAACGGUACCUCCAUCUUUGACGUGUUCGGCAACCAGGUGAUGUACCUCAUUGGCCUCAAGUACAUCUACAACUUCAACAUAUUCCUGUACGCCAUGCUGGCCAUUGUCGUACUGUCGUCCAUUUUCCUGGCCCUCCGAGGCAAGCGGGUGUGGAAGCGGCGGGACCCCAUGGAGGCGUAUUCCAUGAUUGAUUGAUGGGGCAGGAGCGUGUGUGUUAAGAAAACUGGCCGCGAGCGUGUGUGUGGGGGGGGGUUAGUUAGGGGUUGGUUGGUGGCUGACUGGUGACGGUUAACAGCUAUAACGGUAUCAAGUCUACAAUUGUGACGGUAAAGUGUGACGGUGCGAGUCAGGACAAGGGAUGAUGAAAGGUCGGUAGAAAGUCGUGGACGCUGCAGAGGACGCUACCCGGGUAGUAGGCUGAUUCUUCUUAUCUUGUCUGUUAUACAAGUGAUUAAGACGGAAUUAACUCUUGGCGCUAUGGAAACAGUGCAAGUUGGAAGCGCCUCUUCUUAGAAGCGCAACAAAAUAUAGCAUCUUGUCUGUAUGGGAGAACUGUUAAGACCCCUGACCCUACUGUUCGUGACCCAUGAAUCAAUGCGAUGACGUGCGGCCGCGUGGGCUCGCGAGUACCUGGUUGUGCUCUGGGGUGGCGGGAGGAUGUGUGGUGGGUUGCUCAAGUGGUGUGGCGUUUCCCGGCACUGCGUAGGAUUGAAUGCAAGAGGCAAAGGCCUCCGUUGAAGCCUGUUAGGCGCUUGAUUGCGGAGAAUAAUGCGGUGGGUAAGCGAUGGCUGCCAAAGCAGGUGCUUCAGCGGUUGGGGAGUUAGGGGUGUCGCGGUGGCAUGCAUCUUUUAACGAACGAGGAUUAAGUCGCUGUUCGAUGUGAAGUAACGUAGAAACUGAGAGGGUGAGCAGGGGAGAGACGGAGUGUACGUGACACAUGGGCAUGCCUGGCUGCAGAAAGGGCGGGUGGUUAACGAGGAACCAACUAUGAUGACUGUGGGCUGCGUGUGAGGCGCUUGCAUUGGAGUGACCUUCCUGCUUAGGAUUGAUCCACGCUUAGAUGUGACUCCAUGUCCAGACUUUUCAGUGCUUGGGGUUGACGAAGCAGGACAGCCGUACAGCAGUGUAGUACAAGACAUCCAACUAGUGUCUGGAGUCGUGAAGUGCCAGUAUGAGUUACUUUAUGAGCAUGAAGUAUACACGGAAGCGUAUACUCAUGCCCAGGAUCGCCCGGCUGUUCCAUUGCUGCUGAGGUUAAACCUUGUAACGCUCAGGUUAGGGGUGUAGUUGAACCAAGGGGCGGUGCUAAGAUGGCGUUCAAGCGAAACAAGACGAGC